GCAAGGACUGGCGUGCAUCUUCUCUUUCCUCUCAGGAGCUCAUAUUGGAAAGCAAUUGCCAUGACCACAGAUACAAACCAGUGGAGCACGGGCAUCUUUGACUGCUUUGAUGACAAACCUGAAUGCAUCUAUGCUUUCUUUUGUUUGCCCUGCUUCGCGUGUAACACAUCAGGGAAGUUUGGCCAAUCCCCCUGGUUGCCGAUCCUAGACUACUUUGGAUCUGUGCCACCGAUCGCUCUGCAUACAAGGUUUUUCAUGCGUCAGCGCUAUGGAAUCCAGGGUUCCAUCUGGGAGGACUGCUUGUACUCCACAUUUUGCUAUCCCUGUGUCUGGUGUCAAAUGUCCCGUGAAAUGAAACAUCAUCAAUAAAUGAGCCAUUUUAAGCUGGUAGUUUUUUUUUUUCUACAAGUUAAAACACUAAAACAGAAUAAUCAUAUUCGAUUAUAUACGAACCGUAACAUUAUUUCCCAAAACAUUCAUUGCUCUCCAGCCAUUUUAUUUAUCUAGCAAGCCACACUGGCCACUUGCAAAUCAACAGGGUGCUGUUUCAAAUAAGGAAAUUAAAGCAUACAUACCAUAGAUUAAAAUUUAACAAGAUUCCCUUGUAUAUUUUAAGAUAUUAUUGCAAUGAAUUGCUUCAGGUGAAGAAUAAUUGAAUGUACUUAAUUUGUAAGGUUCUGAGUUGUGCAUCAGAUGCUGAGUUUCCUGUUUUUGUAUGUUUUCCCCACUCUACAUAAAAUCUGUUGAUUUCUGAAAAAUGAAAAUUAUGACUUAAUGAAAAUGUUGUUUUCUCUUUUUGCUUGGACUUUGAUUCUAGGUUAUUCUGCUUCUGUGGGCCGUUGUACCCUUGAGCAAGGUGUUUAUCCUAAUUGCUCCAAUAAAUAUUACUCAGCUGUAUA